CAAAGCAUUAUUCGAUAUUCAAUCUAAUAGUUGAGUGAUAAAUAUUUAGGUUAACAAUGAAGUGAACUGAUAAAUUGAGUAAGUAGAUAACUUUAAAUUCAAAGAUUUUGAGAUCGAAUUAAUAAGAAAUAAAAAUUUGUGUAAUCAUUAUAUAUGUAGCUCAUGAGAAAAAAGGGAUAGCAUAGUGAUGAUAAAUGCAGCUAAAGAGGUUUUGUAGUAAUAAGUGAUUACUGCCUGUAAUAAUUUGGCAGAGAGAGGAAGAGUGAGUGAGAGCAGUUGGGUUGGGCAGUUGUUAAUUAUGCAUUUAUGCUUCAAAAUCAUACAUGUCACCUGCUACUGCUAGCUAGCUUGAGCAGGUAAGCCAAAGGAAGUGACUUUUUCCCCCCUCUCUCUCACUCAAGUCUCAAUCCUUUUCUCUCUCUAGGCUAUAGGCUGAGAAUAGCUCUCCUCUGCACAUUGCUGUGAUCCAUAUAAUAAAGACUUGGAAUUUGAUGCUCCCUCCCCUGUUUUUCCUGUUUGUGGAAAAUACACAACACCCCCAGUUGCCUUGCUGAAAUUUGGUUUUGAUUUUGGGGUUUCUCCUCUGUCCCCAAUUUGGGUCUAGCAUUUGAUGCUCUGCUCUUCAAGCUACUCGUCCAAAUUCUCAAAAGCCCACCAGUCCCUCCCUACCCCUCUUCCCAUUUUAGGGGGACUGUGAAAGCAAACUCUUCCAAUUCAAUUCCCCCCACUGUAGUAAGGGCAGAAUUCAAUCAGAAUUUGAUGCUUCUUUGGACUUUCCUUGGAUAAAAAAAACCCCACAUCUCAGAAUAUCUCAAAAGAGACCCUCUGCAGAAAAGCUUCCACCUUUUUCUUCUUGUUCCUGCUGUUUCCCUCACUGGGUUGUUUGUUCCUUGAUUCAGACAUUGAACCCAGCUAGCCAAGCUUGGUCCUUUUUAAUUGGAGUUGCUGAUUGAGGAGGUUCAAGGGUUCUGAACAAGCUAAUUCCCUCCUUAAUUGGGGAUUUAACUCAAACUCAAGCUGGUGGUGCUAGCUAAAGGGUGAGGCUGCGAGGGAAAGGGAAUCUGCUUUCUUUUGGGAGUUGGGGUUUUUGAUGAGCUGCUAGGAAGCUAAAUUGGAUGCUUUUGUCUUCUACUCUACUUCUUUAUGCUCUGAAAGGUGCACUUUCUUGUCUCUAAGGAAGAAUUACCCCCACCCAUUUCGUUCAUUUCCAAUGCACAUUUGAGUAGAUGUUUGAUCCUAAGGCAAUUUCCUCCCGUUUCCCAUUUCCAUUUUUCCAUAGGAGAUACUAAUAAGUGAGUAGCUGUCUAUCUGCUGCUGCUGGUGCUGUUGAUUUAGAUUUUAUGCCUGCUAUCUAAGAUCUCCCCCUCUUCUUUUUCUCACUUUUCGUGUCCAUGGGGAUGCUGCAUCAACGAGGUGUUGUCCUUUUACUUUAGCAUCCCAAACCUCAUCAGUUCUAUAAAGCUGCCAAGGUUUCUUGUUCCUUGUUGAGUCCUGCAAGAUAUCACCACCCAGCUAAGCUAAUUUUGGUCAAACUCCAACUUUAUCUUUUGUGUGUCCAGACCCUUCUCCCUUGUGUUCUUUAUAUCUAUAUAUAUCUAGUCCUUUUGAUUCUUUCCCAAUUGUGUGUAGAGAGGUUGUAGGUUACUUCUUCUUUUCCCUUCUGAUAUACUUCUUUCCUUAGAACUUGGGGAGAUUAGUUCUUCUGGAUCAUAGAGAUGGGACUGGGGGCUGGUAAUGGUGGUGACCAGUUAUCUUCCGGAAUGAGCACAAAUCCUUUCUACGCUUCUGGUUGGGAUCCAGUUGCUAUUUCUCUUAGCCAACAUGAGAGCUUUGGAGGUUCAUCCAUGGAUUCUCAAAGUGAAUUCUCCCAUCACCAUCACCAAUCAUUUCCAAUGCUAAUGGACGGCAAUGGAGGAAAUCCCAACUCUCAUCACCUUGCUCAUUACCCAUCUGAGUCCAGCUAUGUGGAGAUGGUGCCCAAAUUCUCUUCCUUCGGAAGUGGGAACUUCUCAGAGAUGGUGGUUGGACCGUACGGGCUAACUGAGUGUGGCCAGAUCGCCAACCAAGGUUGCCAUCCAAAUUUCGGCUCAGGCAAGGAGGCGGAAAAUGAGAGGGCUUUGAGAAAUGGAUCACAGUCUCAAGAGGAUCAUCCAAUGUCUGAUGGAGUUGGCAAUUCUCCUAAUAAUGUAAACAGGAGGAAAAGAAUUGCCGAGUCGAAUUCUCCGUUCGACUCAAACAAGAAUGCCGACGGAGACCUGCUAAAGGAUCCCUCUGGAGAGGAUAGUGAUGGUCCAAAGGGGAGGGAAGAUAAGAAGCCAAAACAAGAACAAAAUGCUGGUUCUAAUUCUAAGGGCAAACAGGCGGCUAAACAGGCUAAAGAAGAAUCAAACAGUGGUGGAGAUGGUAAAGAUAGUUACAUUCAUGUUAGAGCCAGAAGAGGUCAGGCUACAAAUAGUCACAGCCUUGCAGAGAGGGUGAGAAGAGAAAAGAUCAGCGAAAGGAUGAGACUGCUACAAGAACUUGUGCCAGGAUGCAAUAAGAUUACUGGAAAGGCAGUUAUGCUUGAUGAGAUUAUCAAUUAUGUACAGUCACUGCAACAGCAGGUUGAGUUCUUGUCAAUGAAACUUGCUACAGUCAAUCCAGAGCUGAACAUUGAUAUUGAGAGGAUACUAUCCAAAGAACUCCUUAACUCUCGGGGCAACAAUUCCUCGAGUCUCGGGUUUAACCCUCUUACUAGUGGGACCCAUUAUCCACCUGGAGCUUUCCCACCAGGAAUGCCAGUCAUGCCGAAUAUGAAUCCACAGUUUGCCUCCAUGCCUCAACCCGGAUUAGACAAUGAACUCCAGAGCCUUCUCCAUAUGGGAUUUGAACCCGCAUCAGCAAUCGAUAACCUAGGACCAACUGGACGCUUGAAACCAGAGAUGUGACAAUAUCUUAGAAGUCAUGAUGACAUAGAGUCAGCUUUAAAAACUUCCUGCUAACAGAGAAAGAGAUGUUUCUCUAGUGUAUUUCAAGUUGAGCUUUAUCUCAGCUGAAAGCAAAAGAAAAAGGAAGGAGGAUAGUUGGUCUUUGUUGGGUUGUUGUAUAGGUUUCAGCUCCUAACUACUGGGUGGGUUUCUUCGAGUUUUAGCAGAAGAAAGAUUUAUUAAGAUUGGUGUGUGCUGCUACAAUGCUAAAGAAAAGGACCCAAAAAUGAGAGAAGGGCCAACCCACACCUGUAUAUUGAUUUCCAAUUAGACAAACAGAGGGAAAGUGACUAGAAACUGUUCAUUUUCUUUUUCUUUUUGCUCAUUGUUAUAUUCAAUGCAGUUAAAAUUCCUUUGUUUGCUUUUUCAUCUGUAAUUCUCCUUUCUGAUACUUGGAGAGUGGUGAUGAUAAGAACAGGUGCUGUGUACAUGUGCUGUACGAGGUUUUCAUGAGUGUUGAGUACACAGCACAACUGUCGUUGUAAUUGCCAACUGAGCAAUGAAUCAUUAUUGUGUGA